UAGAAAUAAAAAAGAAUUGAAGAAUAAAGAAAACUUUCCUCACAAAAACUACUAUGGGUAGGAAAUAAAUAAUUUUAUUUUUAUGUGUAACUGUGUCAAAACCCCUUAUAUAUUUGCCUGCUAUUUUUAGUUUAAGUGAUGGGGUGGACGGUAUUUGGGUUAAUUUUCUUCAAACUUAUUAAACUCUUUUAUUUAUUUCAACAUAUCGGCCGAAAAAAGGAUUUAAGGGAAGUCUCUUUUCUGUAUGUUCUCAAUCUUAUUAUCAUAUUCAAGGAACGGUGUUCUUUUGCCACAUUUGACAACGUGGAGAAGUUUUGUGGGCCAUGUGAUGACGCGUCGCGUUCUAAUUGAUUAACAUUGCAUCAUCAGUGGGUCCAAUCAAUAAACAAUUUAUUGUGAAGAUUUUUUACUGCAGCGUUUUUGUUCCGUCAAGUUGACUUUGAUUUUGUUCCUCUCUUUCUGCGGCGACUCCUCGCGACCUCCGGCGAAAUCGUAUCUGUUUUAAGCCACACAAAAAAAAAGGUUAAAACAUUGUAACAGAGAAAUUAAGAAGCAUUUGAAGGUACCUUUAACUGGAAAAAAGAGAAAUGCCUUCACAGAAGAUUGAAAGUGGGCAUACUGACACGGUGCAUGACGUAGCAAUGGAUUACUAUGGUAAGCGUCUGGCAACAGCUUCUUCAGACUGCACCAUUAAGAUAACAGGGGUUAGCAGCUCCUCCUCGCAGCAACUGGCUACUUUGAGUGGUCACCAAGGACCAGUGUGGCAAGUAGCUUGGGCUCACCCUAAGUUUGGGUCAAUCCUUGCUUCCUGUUCUUCUGAUGGGAAGGUAAUUAUUUGGAAGGAAGGUGCGCAAAAUGAGUGGAGCUUAGCACAUGUUUUUGAUGACCAUAAAGCUUCAGUCAAUACCAUAGCUUGGGCUCCUCAUGAGUUGGGCCUUUGUUUGGCUUGUGGAUCUUCUGAUGGGAACAUUUCGGUUUUCACUGCAAGAUCAGAUGGUGGUUGGGAGACAUCACGGAUCGAUCAGGCUCAUCCAGUUGGCGUUACAUCUGUUUCGUGGGCGCCUUCAGCAGCUCCAGGCUCUCUUGUAGGCUCUGAUAUGCUUAAUCCUGUUCAGAAGCUUGCUUCUGGUGGCUGUGACAAUACGGUUAAAGUGUGGAAACUGUUUAACGGAACUUGGAAAAUGGAUUGCUUCCCGGCUCUUCAAAUGCACACUGAUUGGGUCAGGGACGUCGCUUGGGCCCCUAACUUGGGACUGCCAAAGUCAACUAUCACGAGUGCUUCGGAAGAUGGAAGAGUAAUUAUAUGGACCAUGGGUAAGGAAGGCGAUCAAUGGGAGGGUAAAGUGUUGAAGGAUUUUGGUGCCCCUGUGUGGAGAGUAUCGUGGUCGCUAACAGGAAACAUACUGGCUGUGGCAGAUGGGAAUAACAAUGUGACAUUAUGGAACGAAGCAGUAGAUGGUGAAUGGCAACCAGUGACGACAGUAGAUGCAUAAAGUUAAACACAUUUUUCACCAUCUCCCUUAAGUCCAUAUUUUAUUUUAUUUUUUUGAUUUGCACCGGGUGUCCGAGUCUGUAUGAGCCCCGACUAAUCCCAGGGGUGCAUAGGCCCUCGGCAAGGAGUUUCCCGCAAGUGCACCACGGUUAAUUCAGGUUUUACCCAGUCCAAUGGCCUUCAGAAAUUGUUUCAUAUUAAUAUAAAUCUAGCUAUUUUGCAAUGCAUAAAUGACUAAGGAAACUUGAUGUUGUUCAUGAAUUGUCGAUUAUCGUAAAAUGGAUUUUGCUUCAUCA